AGCACAACUGCAUAAGGCCCAAUGGAUCACAAAAGAGACCUGUGACAGUGAAGCAGAAAAUUAAUAUUCCCUCAGGCAGACCUGUGACACAGGACUGAAUUAAACUACCAGCUUUUGGUUAAGAGGAACACUGUCUUUAGACUAAAAGGGCUUCUUUCCCACCACUUUAGCCCUGGGCUUCCAAAGGAAACUCUUUUCCAACCAAACUCUGAUUUUAUCUAUUUCAAAGUCUCAUUUCUAUGUUUUGAAAAUCCAGUUCUUCAUGCUUUGAUUUACUAUUUUAUGAAAGUUUUCAGUGCUAUUUUUUUUGAGAAAAAUAUUUGCUUAUACUAUGGUUCAGAAUUUUGGCAAGGAUUGAGUCCUUUUUGAUGGAUUAGAAUCUUCAAUGACAUUGAAUUUUUUUGCAGUCGGUUUGAUAUAACACAAAUUCCAGAUGUUUACGACUCAUGCAAAUACGAUCUCCUACAUAAUUCUCAUCUUAAUCUGGAAGGGUUGGAUGAGCUCUUUAAAGUUGCUCAGUUACUUGCUGAUGGUGUCAUCCCCAAUGAGUAUGGAAUUAAUCCAAUGCAAAAGCUUAAGAUUGGUUCAAAGAUUGCCCGCCGAUUGUUGGGCAAAAUUUUAAUUGAUCUGAGGAAUACUCGUGAAGAAGCCAUUAGUGUCUCUGAGUUAAAGAAUAAUCAAGAGGAACGUUCAACAUCAACUAAGAAUGAAAAGGAAGAUAAAGAUUAUCAACCGAAAUUUUUCAUCAAGAAUGAUGACACAAGAAGAUUAAGCACCACAAGUGACAUAUCAAAUGACCAGGAGGAUGAUGAUGAUAAAGAGACCAAAUAUCGUUUGGAUCCAAAGUAUGCAAAUGUCAGGACACCGGAGCGUCAUGUUCGCACACGCCUCUACUUCACAUCUGAAUCACAUAUCCAUUCCCUCAUGAAUGUUCUUCGUUACUGUAAUCUUGAUGAAUCUCUUCGAGGAGAAGCUAGUCUUGUGUGCCAAAGUGCAUUAGAGCGUUUGCAUAAAACAAGGGAGCUUGAUUACAUGAGUUACAUUGUGAUAAGGAUGUUUGAGAACACGGAGGUUGACUUGGAAAGCCCACAAAGGUUCCGCAUUGAAUUAACUUUUAGCCGUGGUGCUGAUUUGUCCCCAUUGGAGAAGAACGACAUUGAGGCUGCUUCAUUGCAUCAGGAGCACACCCUACCAAUAAUGGGUCCAGAAAGGCUACAAGAAGUGGCUUCGUAUCUUACAUUAGAGACAAUGGAAAAGAUGAUUCACCCAUUUGCUAUGCCGGCAGAAGACUUCCCUCCAGCAUCCAUCCCCGCAGGAUUCUCAGGUUAUUUUGCCAAAAGUGCGUCAGUACUUGAGCGUCUGGUAAACCUUUGGCCUUUCAAUAAAAAUGCACAUGCCAAUGGCAAGUAAUCCCCUUUUUUUUUGUCUUUUCUUUUCUGUAAUUUCUCUCAUCACAUUCCUUUAUUCUUUCAAAAAAGCAUUGAUAUCUGCACUUCGGAAUUCUGGUAUAAUAGCUAAAGCAUCAUAGUUCUAAGUUCCCUUCGCUUUUAGUACCAAACUUUCAACGGUAAAAUCAUGUCGUUGUGGAAUUGGAUACUUUUUGAUUCCAUGGAUGUGAUUAUGAUGAGCAAAGUUCAUCUGUGUAAUCUCUCUAGUUUUCACCAUAGGGGAUACAAUUUUUUUCUUGUUUGGUUAAUUAAGUAGAGGAGGAAGACUAGGAAACUGAUUAUGAUGAACUUAUUUAAACUAAUCAAGAGAAACUUCUAUU